CUCCACCAUGCCAUGUGCUUCCACAGGAACCUCCUUCAUCCUCGUCAAUCCUUAGUUGGAGGAUGACCACCAAUGGACUCGCCCAUCAUCACGCAGCUCUUCCGUCAGCUCUUCACACAUCGAGCAUCACGAUGUCUCGCUCGAGGAAGCAGACCAUUGGUCCCUCAUGCCACCUCCGCACGUUAUGCGCCUAGUCAGCGCAGAGGGUUGGCUUCAAGACUCGGAGAGGGCGAAACCAGAAGGGAGAGUCGAUGGACACCUAGGAAUAGAGCCUUUCCCCAUGAGCGGACCGAGGAGUUUGACAGAUAUCCUACUGUGACUGCGGACAUGUUAAGAUCACGCAGAGAGCGGCCCCGGAGGGUCAAGAUGCUCAUGCGAGACUUCAUCGAAGACAGUCUCUACAAUCCCAACUACGGCUACUUCUCAAAGCAAGUAGUCAUUUUCUCACCCGGUGAUCCCUUCGAUUUCAAUUCAAUGGGCUCUGAGCACGAAUUUUUCCAACUGCUCCGGAAGCGCUACACCGAUUUUGAGGACUCGCUUGACUAUCAAGAACCGAAUGAAUUGAGACAGUUGUGGCAUACACCUACCGAGCUAUUUUCACCAUAUUAUGGCGAGGCUAUUGCGCGAUACUUGGUUGAGGAUUACAAGUACAAUUGCUACCCAUAUCAUGAUCUUAAUAUCUACGAGAUGGGUGCUGGCAACGGAACGAUGAUGCUGAAUAUUCUCGACUACAUUCGGGACGUGCAUCCGGAGGUGUAUGAGCGCACAAAAUACAGGAUUAUCGAGAUUUCCGACCAAUUGGCGAACCUGCAACAACAAGGCCUUGGCCAGUCGGCGUAUGCUCGUGGUCAUUCUGACAAAGUGGAAAUCAUCAAUCGGUCAAUUUUCGAUUGGAAUCAAUACGUGUCUUCUCCGUGCUAUUUCCUCGCGCUCGAAGUCUUUGAUAACUUUGCGCAUGAUGCACUGAAGUACGAUAUCGAAACAGGCGACCCUUACCAGUCGCGAGUUGUUAUCGACCCCCGAGGUGAAUUUUACGAGUACUACACGCGCGAUCUGGAUCCUUUAGCCCAACAAUUUUUGGAAAGGCGCCAUGCGGCGUGCAAGUCAUAUCCUCAUCCGCUCCAGGGGUCCCGUCUGAUGCAGAAUCUGCGCUCGCUGUUACCUUUCCGAGGCACACUCAGCUCCCCGGAAUACAUCCCCACCAGGCUGAUGCAGUUUUUCUACAUUUUGUAUCAGAAGUUUCCCAAUCACAAGCUCAUCACCAGCGAUUUCCAUAAGCUCAGCGAUGCGGUGGAGGGUUUGAAUGCGCCUGUUGUCCAGACGAGGUUCAAAAGAGAGAUGAUUCCUGUCUCUACGCCUCUAGUUCACCAAGGCUACUUCGACAUUCUCUUCCCGACAGAUUUCGAAGUCAUGGAGCCUAUGUAUACGGCCAUCACUGGUAGAUUUGCUCGCACAUACUCACACGAAGACUUCAUGGCCGGCCGAGCCGACAUUGAAGAAACGCAGACCAAGAACGGGGAGAACCCACUAUUGAGCUGGUACAAGAACGCAAGUGUUAUGAUCACUGUAUAGAACAGGAAGGGAAGAUGACCCAACAUGUAAUUUUGUAUGAAUACAUAUGUCCUCUUCUGGAAAGAUAUGUGGCAUGUUUUGCCGCCGUUGAACAACAACCAUUG